GGUUGGUCCCCGACGUUUCGCUGGUAGCCGGGGUUCUGAGCGUCCGUGGAGAUGCUGCAGAUUCCUUUGCAAAGUUACUUGAGAGGCCCAAGAGACCUAUGAUGUAAUCUUCAGAAAAGAACAGAAGAAAACAUCUGAGAGAAACACAGAGAAAAAGAGCCAGUCAUGGAACUCCACGUGGAAACAGCUGGAGAGAUAGAUUAUACCUAGAAUCACUUUGAACUUGAUGAGAGCAAGCAGAAAAUUAGUGAAAUGGAGCUGAUCCCUUGCUUCUGAAUGAUCGAGCCAACACAACGUUCACCUUUCCUGGCACCAUGACAGAGAAGCCUAUCCAAAAGAUUAUGAUGUAGAGGGUCCUGAGGACAUAAAAAAACUGUGUAAUUCAACAUAUUGGCGACUUGGAACUGAUGAACCCCCAAUUUGGAUAUCAGAAACACAUGAAAAAAUGGCACAAGUUUAUUUAAACAGAGAAUUGGAUAAAAUAAAGAGGAAGCCUUUAUUGAAUGAUGAGACAAUGAGCUCUGGGAUUAUUGAAAGGGACACUGGACUACCUGCCACAGGCUUCGGAGCUCUCUUUACUAGACACCCACCAGAUCGGCAUAAAAUGUAUACCUUGACAACAUACGCUGAGGAAUAUGCUGCACCGUACGAUUAUGAGCCACUCGAUUAUCCUUGUCAAGAUGAUUAUUCAAUAGUCCACAGAAAAUGCCGUUCUCAGUUCACUGAUCUUGAUGGUUCCAAAAGAUUUGGCAUCAACACUUGGCAUGACGAGAGUGGGAUUUAUGCUAAUUCAUGUGUAAAACAAAAACUCUACCCAUUAACUGGUGGUCCCAUUAUCCCUUUUUUAAAGUAAUCUAUGGAAUCAGAUUCUCUAACUAAUGAAAGGGUAAUGGAAAUAACAGUUGAUUUUUCUAUCCUAAUAAAUGCAAUGGAAAUGUUA